GGGUGGAUUUUCUAGCUAUCUCAUUUGGAGAUGAGCGGAUGUUGCAAACUGAUGGCUAUCCCAAGUAUGAACGGGCUUUCAUCUCUUCAGUUUUUGAGGAUUGAAGAAUGCUUUAAUACAAGGAGCAUUUCGGGGGAGUGCCUACGCUACCUCGUUGGCUUAAAGAAGUUAGAGAUGGGUUAUUUCUGCGAUGAAUUGGAGGAAUUCCCAGGACUCGCCCACAUCCAUCAGCUAAACUCCUCCCUUGAAUCUUUAAUAUUACGUGGAUGGGAUAAAGUCAAGUCUUUGCCAGAUCAACUGCAACAUCUCACUGCCUUGAAAGAAUUGACUCUUUUAAAUUUCAACGGAGUGGAAGCUUUUCCAGAGGGGUUGGGAAAACUUACUUCUCUUCAACGACUUCACAUAUUUGAAUGCAGAAAUCUAAAGCAACUGUUUCCACUCCGAGCCCUAAAAUCCCUUACUGAGUUAAGGAUGGGUCCUUUCAGCUCAGAUUUGGAGGAGUUCCCAAGACUCGAUUGCAUCCUUUGCCUUCGUGCUUCCCUGAAAGAUUUAAAAUUGAUAGGAUGGGAUAAAAUAAAGUUUCUGCCAGAUCAGCUUCAGCAUCUCACUGCCCUCGAGUCAUUGGCUCUAGAAAAAUUCAACAAAGUGGAAGUUUUACCAGACUGGUUGGGAAACCUCUCUUCUCUUCAAGGUCUAUACAUUAGAGAAUGUCCUAAUUUAAAGAAAAGAUGCAUAAAAUAUAUAGAAGGUAAACAAUAUGCAGGAGAGGAAUGGUCCAAGAUUUCCCACAUUUCCAAGAUCUGGAUAGAUUCGGAAUUUAUCAAAUGGCAUGAAAAGUUGUACAUCAAUGUUGAAGACAUCCAGAAGCCUUCUCCAAUUAUCAACUCAUAUAAAGACACAUGAAGGAGAAAAGCAGGGGAUUGCAUAGACACACACGACUAAAAUAUUUAAUUUUAAGGUUUGAAGCUCCUAGUUUCUUUGAACUUGCUACCCUUGCGUGAAUCUAGACAGAGUGUUAGGAGGAGGAGAUGAAGAUUGUGAUGGUGAUUCCCAAUUCAAAAUUUAGGCUGUGAUUCUUCUUUUCAGUGCCUACUAUCUCAAGCAUGAUUGAGUCACACUCACCAUGUAUAAAGUUCAAGAUCGUUGUGUGAACGUCUUUUAAUUUUGUAGGCUUGGCUCAAUUAGGACCUUUUUAGCAAUAAUUAAGAUUGUGAUUGUAAGGAACAGUAGUACAUUUUACUCUUACCGGAGCAUGUUUGGGCGAUUUUAAGAGCAUAUCUUCAAAUUUCUUCAUGAAUCAAUGUUCCUCAACAUAUCAUCAAUCAAGUAGAUUUGCUAUG